GCAUCAUGGCCGGUCCAGCGCUGCCCGCCCGGAGACCACUGCACUGCAAUUGCCUCUGCACCACCACCACCACCACCACCACCACACAUCCCCCGUGACACCAUCCCGCGCCUGCCACCAGCACCUCCACACCAACUGACACAGUCACGAUGCUCCGCACCUUCACCCGCGCCUCGCGCACCUUCCGCGUCGCCAGCGUCCGCCCGUUCUCCCAGUCGGCUACCCACCGCGCCGAGGGCAACGCAUCCACAAACGCCAAGACUGACACCAGCAUGCCGCCCGACGGCGAGCACAGCGUGAACAAGGCGAAGCGCGGCGACACGCACGAUGUGCGGGCGAGCAUGCUGAGCGAUGGGCUAGGCAACGCGAAGCAAGGCACCGGUGGAACCGCGACCGAGGAACGCGACUCGGCGGGCGGGAUGCAGAAGGCCAAGGAGGAGUUCCCCGAGUCGCCGGAUCCGGCAAUUGGCAUGCAGGACGAGAGGGGUGGCCGUGGUGGACGGUAGAGGAGCAUGACGUUAGGGGACAGAGAUGGAAUUUUCGCCAUGUCUUCUCCCGCUCGUCGAUCCUUGGAGUACUUUGUAAAACAACUAGGCUCAACGCAUGCGCUGUUGCCACGGC